AACUCCAUGUCCACGUGACCGAUAUUCCAUCCCUCGCCAUUUUGCAAUGUGGGAGAAGAGGGAGGCCACUUUCUUUCUUUCUUUUUUUUUAUUUUUAUGGCUGACUGAAUAAAACACAAAGCAGGUUUAUGCGCUGAGGACAAAGAGCGUCGAGUCUCUCCGUGGCAGUCAUGGAGGAGAUCAGCAAUGUUGCUGUACUCAUCACACACUCGUCCAGUGCCUCCUCUUCCUCCUCCACGCCAUCGGCGCUGGGAUCCCAAACGCAGCCAGCAGCGGAGGUGGACGCCUCCCACGGCUUUCAGCAGAAACAAGCUGCAGAUUCUCUCAUCCAGGUCAUCGAGAAGCUCAGCAAAAUCGUGGAGAAGCGGCCCCAGCGACGCUGUACCAUGGCGGGACAUAAGAGAGCAAUCCAACAGGCCUCUUCUGGAGGAGGAGGAGGAGGAGGAGCGGAGGGGACAAGGGGGAGCAGAGGAGGCUCUCCCUGUAAGAAAAUUAAGAGGAACUGUAAGGAGCAGGAGGGCAUAGAGGAGGUGAGAUUAGAUGGCAGCACGGCUGACUGCGCCCUUUCUUCACCUGUGUCAGGUGACAGUAACAACAACAUACCGUCAGCGGUGACGGAGGUCUCCAGCGAUCCCAACAGCAGCGACCACAAGCGGACGGUGACGUGCUAUCAGUGCAGCCUGUGCCCCUAUCUCUCCCAGACGCUGCCCCUGCUGAAAGAGCACCUGAAGCAACACAACGAGCAGCACAGCGACCUCAUCCUCAUGUGCUCCGAGUGUCGCUUCACCUCCAGAGACCAGGGCCAGCUGGAGGCACAUGUCAGGCUGCAUUUCGACAACAGCGACAACCCGAAGAGGAACUCCGCUCUGUCGGACAGCUUCAGCGAAGGCGCAGACGAGGUUCUCAGAAAGCAGGAUGGAGACUGGAGAGGGAGCAGCGGCAGUAUAGGAGCUGAGGUGAUCAAAAGCUCAGCAGACGGUUCCAAGGAGCUAGCUCAGAAGAAGAAAUGGUACAGCUACGAGGAGUACGGGCUGUACCGCUGCCUCAUCUGCAGCUAUGUGUGCAGCCAGCAGCGAAUGCUCAAAACCCACGCCUGGAAGCACGCCGGCCUGGUCGACUGCUCCUACCCCAUCUUUGAGGAUGAAGACGAGACCCCCGCGAGGAGAGAGGCCCAGGCCACGGCUAACACGGCUGGAACCAGAGAGGAAGUAGUCGUUCUUUCCCCAGUUCUUCAAGAUAAAAGCCUGCAAAAGCUGCCCACUGCCUUCAAGCUCCAGCUGUUUUCCGCCCCAGUGGCAGUCGACAACAAACAGGAUGUGCUGACUCAUCCGGUUUCUAAUUUCAAUAAAAGUCCAAAAACAGAAGAGGAGGAGGAAAGCGUGUACCCCAUCAAAGGUCUGACCUCCGAGGAACCCAUGGUGGAGGUGCAGGUGACGACAGAGGCGGAGUCUGAGAUGGAGAUCGACGGUCACCACCACGAUAGUGCCUCCGUCACGGACAGCUUACUGUCAUCGGCUCAGAAGAUCAUCAACAGCAGUCCCAACAGUGCCGGCCACAUCAACGUGAUCGUAGAACGCCUUCCCUCGGCCGAGGAUUCAGUCAUGGCGACUAACCCGCUCCUUCUCAGCCCAGACGUAGACCGGGACAAGAGCUUAUUGGAUACAGAAGAGGACGAACGGAACCACGUGGUAGCAGUGAAGGAGGAGGUGGUCUCAGACUGCAGUGCGACUGACAGCGAGCCAGUAGGAGCUAAUAUUAAAUCCUCCGUUGCUAUAAGUAGUGACUCUCCACGGGAUGAAAAUAUUCCCCCAGCUGGUCGAAAGAGGACACAUUCAGAGUCCCUACGCCUGCACUCUCUGGCUGCUGAGGCCUUGGUAGCUAUGCCUAUGAGGACCCCCGAGCUCCCCACCUCCAGCACCAAGGUAAGUCUGAAGAGCAUCACAGCCCAGGCACAAACCCAAACGACGACCCAGAAACUGGUAGAGGUGACUACAGCUGGACAGAAGGUUUCUGACAUAGGGGCAACAGGAGCUCUGUUGGACUUGGAGCUUCAUAGCAAGGGCAGAGAGGAAGAUUUGGGCUCACUGGGUCUUGGCGAGGGAGAUGAAGAGGGCCCUGCCACCAAAGCCGGCAUCAGCCUGUCGCUGCUCACCGUCAUUGAGAGACUCCGAGAGCGCUCGGAUCAGAACGCCUCGGAUGAGGACAUCUUGAAAGAGCUUCAGGACAACGCGCAGUUCCAAAACGGAGCUGUGGCCGGCGUGGUCACGGGGAACGGAGCCGGGAGCUACGUGUGCAGCAUCCCAGCGAUGGACGGCUUGGUCACCUCACCCGACGGCGGCCUGGUGGAAUACAUCCCCGGCAGCGAGAGGCCAUACCGGUGCCGCCUUUGUCGCUACAGCAGCGGCAAUAAGGGCUACAUUAAACAGCACCUACGGGUGCACAGGCAGAGGCAGCCCUACCAGUGUCCCAUCUGUGAGCACAUUGCCUCGGACAGUAAGGACCUGGAGAGCCAUAUGAUCCACCACUGCAAGACCAGGAUGUACCAGUGCAAGCUGUGCCCAGACGCCUUCCACUACAAGAGUCAGUUAAGAAAUCAUGAAAGGGAUCACCACAGCUUCAGCGGUGACGUGGCAGCCCUCGCACCAGUCACUGAAACCGUGGCCAUGGUGGAGGAGGCCGAGCGGGUAACAGAUGAAGAAUGUGGCGUGCAAAAGAUGUACAAGUGCGACGUGUGCGACUACACCAGCUCAACAUAUGUCGGGGUGAGGAACCACCGACGGAUUCAUAACUCUGACAAGCCUUAUCGGUGUUGUAGCUGCGAUUUUGCCACCACCAACAUGAACAGUCUAAAGAGCCACAUGAGGAGGCAUCCCCAGGAACACCAGGCCAUGCAGCUACUGGAGCAGUACAGGUGCUCUCUGUGUGGCUACGUGUGCAGUCACCCGCCGUCACUCAAAUCCCACAUGUGGAAGCACGCCGGAGACCAGAACUAUAACUACGAGCAAGUUAACAAAGCCAUUAACGAGGCCAUCUCCCAGAGCAGCCGAGCUCCUCAGAAGUUGUCUGCGGUCCUGGAGACGGUGGCAGAGCGCCCUCCAGUGGCCCAGCCCUCAAAGGACAAAGCAAAGUGCCCAGUGGAACCGAUGCUAACAUCAACAACAACAACAAUGACGACGGCAGCCUGCCUGGCUGUGGACAGCUCCGGGGGCCUACCCCCCACUCCCAUCACAGACCCUUCACAGUGGCCUGUCGAAUCCCAAAGCCCCCAGGGGAAGGACCCAGCACAGCUCCAGCUCCAGUCCCAGAGCCAGCCGCGCACAGGCCAGCCCCCCAUUCCAGGCCUCGGCAUGGAAUACUGCGUGCUCCUUUUCUGCUGCUGCAUCUGCGGCUUCGAGUCCACCAGUAAAGAGCGACUGAUGGAGCACAUGAAGGAGCACGAGGGAGACAUCAUCAGCAUCAUCCUCAACAAGGAGCAGCAGCAGCAGCAACCAGAAGCCCAGCCAGGCCUCCAAACAGCAGAGUGAGACGUGCCCUUCCCUCCUUCUCUUUAUAUUAACACUGACCCUGCCCACACGAGUAUUUCAUUCUGGUUCUUUACCUCAAGGUGAUUGCGUUGAUAACAAGAAUUUCAUGUGUUCUGUAUGAUAAAGAACGUUCUGUAGUUUGCAGAAGAGACACCUUGAGCAGCCGUUAAGAAAAAUGCCGUGACAGAAACGUAAGAAAAGGAAAAAAAAAAAAUGUUAUAAGCCGUUAAUAUAUGCGUCAAGUAACUUGACAUUAAAGAGACACGAAAUGUGUCCGGAGGGAAGUGAGUCUGAUUUCAAGGGACAAUCCCCGAGCUCUUACCCAAGUCUGACGCUUCACUUUACAGGCAAGACAAGUUCAUACCUCACAAAAACCACACAAUCCCUCAGCAGAAAUGGAAGAAAGAGAGAGAGAAAAGAAAAAAGAGAUUCACAAAUUUCCAGUCUGAUUUCAUAUACUGACCAUAAGGCAGCUCUUUUAUUGCUACUGUAAUAUUUAAUGUAUUUAAUCUGACACAGUUUGAGGCUCUAGCCUAGUCGAGGAGGUACAUGUGCGAACUCACCGAUGCCUGAAAGGCAUGCAUCACAGCUUGAAUAUGAUUUAAUAUUUAUCAGUUUAUUUUUAUGCAUGAUAGUUUCCGUUAUGCCAAUUUAACAAGGCAUGUUUUUUCUUUGUUUGUUUGUUUGUAUGAGUAAUUUUGCUUGUUCGAUCUGUAUAUAAAAAAAUGUCUUUGAGGAGAAAGUCGGUUGUCAAAGGAGUGGAAGUUUGACCGGAGCAAAGCAGAAACUGGUUUUUGGAUUGGUUUGGUUUGGUUGUAAUCUACCAGCGACAGAGGUUUUGGUUUACGGCAUGUUGACGAAAAGGAAUGAUAAAAAGGGAAGUUGGCAUGUGUUGGGCUUUUCUUUUAAUUGAAUGGUGCCUCAAAUAUUUGGAAGCAGUAAUGUUGUUGUUGUAUUGAAUCCGAAUCACCUGUUCUCACGUGAUUGUGGUGCUAUAGGCUCGCUUUAAGAGUUGUCAUGGAAGGUAUAGUCCAAAUUGUUUUUAUAGCCCAUGCAAUUUCUGUUGUGUAUAUAGUCACAUUUUUUAUAAUAACCUUUUUUUUGUCAGUGUUUUUAAAAUACAAAGUUUCUAGUGUCAAACUCGACUUGAACUGACUGCUGUCCCAGCUAACAAACAUGCCUGAAAUCCGAAAUACAUGGAUGUAAAAAAAAUAAAGUUUGGAAGGCGACGUGUUUUUGAACCCGUGUGAUUGACUGAAGGCACAGGUCUUAAUAUAUUUACCGCAGCACUGAUGUCUGCACAGUGUAAUGACGAUAAACCGGAUAACGUGGACCCACGAAGGCUUCAUGUUUAACGUGAUGGAUUGUCUCGCUGCGUGGAAAUUAUUUUUCAUAAACUCUUAAUAUCUCAAACGAUGCUGACUGAGCAGGAAAAUAAAAACUAGAAUGUAAGGGAAAUGAGUACUGGCACAAAUCUAACUUAUCUAGUCACACAGAUGCGUGUUCGGAACAACUGACACAUGCCUCGCACUUUAACGUCCAUUCAAACUGUGCCAUUCUUUCGGGAUGCAGAGUAACAAAAAUUGCUGAUGCUUUCGAGUUUGAUUAUCGGAGAGCUUUUACGGGACAACGUUCCUGAUUCUGCUCCAAUCUUGCCUAGAAAAUCCCAUCAAAAUUAAAAUGAACUGAAAAUUAAACAUUGAUUGAAGAUUAGGUUGAAUAAGAGAUUAUUCUUUUAAAGCAGGUUUCGACUCAUCUAAUGCAUCAUGCUGUCCUGUCAUGCAGAAAACACUGUCAAGUUAAUUCAUCAGUAUGCCAUCCCUUAACUCCCAUCCGCACAGACAGAGGCUGAGGAAAUGAAGAUAAAAUGGAAUAUCCAUAAUUCAUGUUACCCCUCCCUCUUCUCUGCCCGACAUAACAGCUUGAAAUUGUGCCUGCACGUGUGCGUAGCGCAGUGGAUAAAACAAAAUUAAAUCUCUAUCUCAAAGACCCGUUACCUGGCCUGGAAUUCUCAUUAUCAGAGCAGGUAAUUAUUGUUUGCCGGUUAAUUUACAAUUGAAUUACGGAAGAUGCUUACAUGUCCCAAAAAUAAAUAAAUGAAUAACUUCGGUACCCCUCCUGUCUGAUUUAGCGUGCCAUGCGUAUAAAUGAGCAGUGACACCGGACUGAUCGGAACCAGUCACAAACACAUGAAUUGUAAUUAUUCCACUCCGAAAAUAUAUUCUGGUCAAAGGUUCCCUGUGCAGAUUUUGACCUCUAGUGGCUCUGUGAAGCUGCUUUUCUAUGAGUAAUUACACAUUUUUCAAGAUAUGCAGCAAUGUGCACACAUGGACGCAUGAUUUAAAUAAAUAAAUAAAAAAGCUUUAGGAAACAGGACACAUUUGUCAGAGCUCAGAAUUGACCUUUACCAGCACGUUGCAUGUUUGAAUAAACCAUGGAAAGAAGUUGGAUAAAUAAGUCCAACAAAAGCAACAGCCAGAGUUAGCAUACAUACAUAGACAUACAUUUAUCAACACCGCCAUGAAUAUAUACUUUUGUAGUAUUUUUAAUUUGAUCAGUUUGGCAUUGUUUGUUUGACAAAUGUCACUCAAGCCAGCCGUGAAUUUAUUCUAAUACACUACGGUGCUAAUGCAGAGGCAUGUCAUGCAGUGUAAUGGUGUGUUUGUAAUAAGCCUACAGAUACAAAACAGUACUUGUUAGUCGGAUCAACUGACUUUUAUCUACCCAUGAGAGUUGUGGAAAAUAAGAAAAAGAUAUAAGAUAACCAGAUUUUUCACACUUACACUUUGUGUGUAGUAUUAUCAAUAGAAAUGAUGGACAAAACUACAAGUAAUAAAAAGAAGUAAUAAACUCGAUAUAUCUGAAUGGGAAUAACUGCUUUAAACUAAUCACUGCGGUGUCGGCCAGACAUGGAAAAAUGUAACGUAUACAUACAUAGACCAUGGCCUGCUAUCGAGUUAUGAUUACAGAAGAGCUCAUGAUGAUAUUUAAAUAAAACAAAUAUGCACAGAUAGUUUUCGAAUGUGAGCUUAACAACAAGUGAAAACAAACCAACUUUCAAAGUUCUGCUAACAGCUGGCAAAUCAUUCUUUUGGUGGGAAAUGGGUCAAGUGGGAUUUUGCAGGCAGUGAUAUUUUCAAUCUGGUGUUACAAAUUGCGAAAGUGUGUCAACACAGGCAAGCAGACACAGCGAGCAUGAAAGCACGUGUUGUGUUUACCCCGUCUCAGAGCAUACGGAUCAUCGUCGCCCCGUUCACCAGUUCCAUUUCAUUUACAGAGUGUCACAGAAACCUACAGUUGUGCCAUAUUCAAAGCAAAAAAUAGUUUGUUUUAGUUUAUUGUGCCUUUUUCAGUUUAAAGUGUCAUGUGUGUUUUGAAACUAGAUUCAUGACCUCUCCAAAACUUCAGUCAGUUAUCCGUAUUCAGAGGUCCAUAUUCUGAUUCAGGCGCAAAAUCAUGGAAGCAAAAAAUCUUGAUUAUUGCUACAAUGCUGGGUAUUAUGAUGUGAACACCUCAAUAUGUUUUACAAAGAGGUUUUAUUCAGUAGUUUUGGGGGGAUGUAGAACCAACAACAGCAAACAAAGAAUGUGAAACAGCCCUUUUUUUAUAUAUAUAUGACUGGCUAUUUUACCUAGUAAUGAGCUCAAACACUUGGUACUGUAUUUUAAGUGUGUACAUAUUGUAGAUGAAGACUGCAGAACCUUAAAACUGACAUUUUUUUAAAAGAUAAAAAUCUAUUUUUUAAUGAUCUUGUUAAGAAAAAAAAAACAACCGAGACAAAAAAAAAUACAUUUAAAUUUUGGCUCUGAUCUUAUUUACUCCCAGUCUGUUUGAGGGAAGUGACAGUUUUAAGCUAAAUACAGUUAAAUGAGCUAUGUGUAUUUAAACCAAAGGAGGUGGGGACGAUAUAACAUGUCUGUCAGUGUAUUUUUGCUCAUAUUUUGUACUGGAUGUUCAAUAUGGAAUUGUCUCAGACAGCAGCGUGACGCUUGGCUUUAUGUUUAUUUAUUUUUAGAACAUCAUAGGCUUUAUUACGUCACUACUUUGCCAUUGUAUUUUUGGUAAUAAAGACUGAGGAAAAAAAAUUAAAA